AUGGCCACCGCCGCCCUCUCCGCCGCCGUCCCCGACAAUCUAAGUCGAGACCAGUACGUCUACAUGGCGAAGCUCGCCGAGCAAGCGGAACGGUACGAGGAGAUGGUCCAGUUCAUGGACAAACUGGUGCUCAGUUCAACCCCGAGCGCCGAGCUCACCGUCGAGGAGCGGAACCUCCUCUCCGUCGCCUACAAGAACGUAAUCGGAUCCCUUCGCGCGGCGUGGAGGAUUGUGUCGUCAAUUGAGCAGAAGGAGGAGUCCAGGAAGAACGAGGACCACGUCGUGCUGGUCAAGGAGUACAGAUCUAAGGUUGAGAACGAGCUCAGCCAGAUUUGUGCCGGCAUCCUGAAGCUUCUGGACUCGAAUCUGGUGCCUUCUGCUUCCUCGAGUGAAUCGAAGGUUUUCUACUUGAAGAUGAAGGGGGAUUACCAUAGGUACUUGGCUGAAUUUAAGGUUGGCGAUGAGCGUAAGCAGGCUGCUGAUGAUACCAUGAACUCUUACAAGGCUGCUCAGGAAAUUGCACUGGCAGAUCUUCCUCCUACUCAUCCUAUAAGAUUGGGGCUGGCACUCAAUUUCUCUGUGUUUUACUAUGAAAUUCUCAACUCGUCAGAUAAAGCUUGCAACAUGGCAAAACAGGCAUUUGAGGAAGCUAUAGCUGAGUUGGAUACCUUGGGUGAAGAAUCCUACAAAGACAGCACUCUCAUCAUGCAACUAUUGAGGGAUAACUUGACUCUUUGGACUUCAGAUGCUCAGGAUCAAUUAGAUGAGCCUUGA